CGCGUUUUAGAACUGCCCAACUUCGAGGAUCCGGUCGUUCCAGGCACUCGGCGUGGCCCGGGACUCGUCCCAAUUGGCUUGGGUUUGCGGCCGCCCCGGAAGUGACGCACUGCCCCGCUGGCCGUGCGGAAGUGGAGAUGGCGGAGCUGUACGUGAAGCCGGGCAACAAGGAGCGCGGCUGGAACGACCCGCCGCAGUUUUCUUACGGGCUACAGACUCAAGCUGUCGGGUCCAAGCGCACGCCACUCACCAAGAGGGUCGCUGCUGCUCAGGAUGGAUCCCCCAGAGCCCCUGCUUCAGAGACUACUCCUGGACCCCCCCCAAAAGGACCUCCACCUCCUUCAGAUAAGGCUCCCAGGCCCUCACCUGUGGGGAGUUGUCCUGCCUCCAGUGUGAAGCCCCCAAGUUUCCCAGUCAUCAAGUCUGAGACACUGCUGGAGGAUGUGCUGAGACCUUUGGAACAGGCAUUGGAAGACUGCCGUGGCCACAUGAGGAAGCAGGUAUGUGAUGACAUCAGCCGACGCCUGGCACUGCUGCAGGAACAGUGGGCUGGAGGGAAGCUGUCAAUGCCUGUAAAGAAGAGGAUGGCUCUGCUAGUGCAAGAGCUUUCAAGCCAGCGGUGGGACACAGCAGAUGACAUCCACCGCUCACUCAUGGUCGACCAUGUGACUGAGGUCAGUCAGUGGAUGGUGGGAAUUAAGAGAUUAAUUGCAGAAAAGAAGAGUCUGUCUUCAGAGGAGGAAGCUGCUGAAAAAUCUGCAGCCACAACUGAAGAGAACCAGACUGUACCAGGCUUCUUUGGGGCUCCAUAAUCCUGUGGGUUCCCUAGACUUGCCUCACAGUAUCUCCUCUGCCUUGGCAUGGGAGGCCUUCUCUCACUUGCCUCCCUUUUACCAUUAGGGAGACUGUCUGCCCCACUGGGGUACUUGGUGUGUGACCUACCUCUAGGGGAACAGGUCCAACAUGGGCCAUAGGGAAGUCACUUGUUACCCAGAGCAGUAUGCAUUUCAAUAAAAACAUCUCAAUGGUGGGCCCUGGGUAGGAGCAAUAAGCCCUUCCUAUACCAAACUGGUCCCCUCUGGUUCCCUCACUGCCCUGCUCCUUGCAAACCUCUGUUUUUCCUCCAUUCAUCAUGAAGGGCUCCUGUUGGGCAUGACCAGAUUGCUGCCUGCUGCUUUCCCCAAAAUUUGACUGAAAAGCACAUCCCUUCGUGGGCUCAGCAGCCCUGUCUUUUUGAUGUUUUCAUUUCAGCACAAGAACAGAGGCUCAAAUAGCAUGGAGAGAAAAGGAAGGAAAGACUGCCCUACUUGCACUUUAUCACCCUUGUGGUAUAUAGGUGUUACAGAGCUUAGAACCACAGAGAACAGGGUUCCUGCUGUGUAAGUUAAAGGAGAAAAAGACCAGAUUACUGAUUUGGGAUCUUGGUUUUUUAUCUGACUCACCAAACAAGCUGCUUGCCUCACUUGCCUUUGGACCCUAAGGUCUCUUCUAACUCUCUGAGAGCAACAGAGUUGGGCAGCAGGGGCCAGAGAGGUCCCUGGUGGGUAUCAUGCCAUGAGAAGGGAGGAUACAGAUUUUCAGUGUUGGGAUAGAGGAUUGGUACUUGCAGGUAGGAGGCAGAAAAGGGCUCGGGAGAGCCUAGCAAUGGCUGAAGUUGGGUAGCGUCUCUUUUCCAAGAGACUUGCUUUGGAAUGGCUAGGGGAAGGGCUGCUGGGGAGGCCCGGUUCCAGGAAGGCUGCUUCCUCGAAAGACAGGCACAGCUCUUGGCAGAGGUCAUGUUAUUGCUGUUUAUGGUUGGUUGGCUUCUAUAGCUUGCCUGCUUCAGGUUCUCAUUGCUGCUGGAAGUGGGCUCAGUGUGAGCUAGGAAUGGAGCCUCUGAUACUAACCAGGCCUGCUAAGGUCCUUCAAGGGGAGAGGCUGUGUGGCUCAGGUGGGAAGAUCAGGAUUGAGGACAAUGCUAGAACCAAGGCAUUUCUUUGAAUGUUUACUAAGCAGCCAUAAGGUGACAUACUCCAUUCCCAAGUCCCAGCCCCUGAGCAAGGAAGGCUGGAAGGGGGUGGGGAGGUGUGUGGUCUACAGACCAAAGAGAAAGUAGAGAACUAAGGGUGUGGCAAAGUUGCCCACUCCUAUCCCUGGUCUAGCUGCCACAGAACUAGGGGAGGCCCAGAACCAACAGGCCACUCCCUUCCAGAUUAGGUGAGGCCAGCUGGCCUUUGGAUACCCCAGGAAGAGGUGGUGGCAGCAGCGUCAUGAGGGAUCCCUCUAUAAUUCCACACACCAGGUCAUCUGCACUGGAUCAGAUGUCUAUUUCAAAUUGUGCGUCAUCUGGAGAGAGAAAAGGACAAAUUGCUGAGCUGAGCACACUGGGUCUGCAGGCUCAGGGUCAGUGCAGAAAUCCCUUUUGGAAUUACACAUCUGCAUGUGAAUUCAAAGGUUGGAUCAAAUCUUAAUUUUAGGUUCUACUUUCCUUACCGGGUAUCUCUUCCUCUGUCUCCUUCUGCUCCUUCAGCUCCUCCAGCUUGGAGAGUGGUGCUGUUGGAGUUGUGACCCCGGGAAUCUGAGGGAGGCAGCAGGGGGGUGUCCGGGCAAUGGGUGAGUUCUUGCACUCCAGCAGGAACUUUCGGUCGUAGAUGAUCCUGGUGCCUAUCAAGAGGUAGGGGCUCAGGUGAGAGGCAGGAGCUUGGGUAGAGAAUUGAUUAGGGCCACAGACAGGCCUUCUAGGGACCCUAGAGUCAUGUUUGCCAGUGCAUCAAAGGCCUACUCUACAUCCCAGCCAGGAUCUCGGCUGACUAGACUUCCCAGCCCUUAAAGGCUUACCCACCUAACCGAGGUGGGACUAAGUAACAUAAAGCUAGUGGGGUAUUCCAGCUGGUCCAGGCAGAAGCUUUAGAUUUAGGGGAGCUGAGGUCUUAGCUAUAGGAGGAGCACCAAACUUGGGAGUUAAGGGACUUCAGGCUGUUCCUCUACCACUCUGCUGGCUCUGGGACUUCCUUGCUUUGGUUCACAAGGUGGAGCCUAACCCUCCAGUCUCAGUUGGAUCAAGAAGCCAAAUAACAGGUGUGGAGGUUUACCCAGUGCUGCCACCUGUGCUCUGAUACUCUACCGGGGGAGCUGUGUUACCUGGACACCUGCGUUCCCUUGAAACACAGGAACAUACUGUUCUUAUCUUGACCUCUCCCAAAUCAUACAAGGCUCAGCCCAGCCCAGAGGAACUUGGCCUGAAUCUUGUUCUCAAAGGGCUCUGCCCAGUUCUCACCCCUGCCCUCCGUCCCCACGUGGCAGGAACUCCUGGGUCGGGAGCCCAAGAGGAACUCGUGAUCCCAGGCUGCUCGCCCAACCAAACAGCGGCGAAUCGGCCCCAGUCCCGAACUGCCCAAGUCCCGCUGUAGGCGCUUUGCAAGAGCUGGUGCUUCCCGCUGAGGCUGUGCUCUGUUGGGGACUCGGCUCCUACUCUCUGGCUGCAACGUCUCGAGGGGCGGGUGGAUGAGCAAGGCGUCCAAAACCCAGGCCAGAGCGAGGGAUUCCAGCCCAGAAUUACCCGGAAGCUAGGCUCAAGGCCUUGUUGCAUCACUUCAAGGUUUUAGAGAACCGGGCCUCGGCUGUGAACCGCUUCCCCUAAAGUUGUUACCCGCACAGUGGCCUGCGGGCUAUUCUGAGGCCCGUAUCUUCCCGCCCCCGCCCCGCGGCAGAACGCACGAACUGGCCUGCU